AUGUCGGCGACCGACCCCGCUGUCAGCAGUGGCAGCAAGUCCAUAAAUGAAAAGGACGUUGGCCUUCCCGGCUACCACGCGAGCCCCGCCUCCCCCGUCCAGGAGGAGGGCGCUGUUCGAUCCGAGCACUGGGCCACCCGCCUUGGUGUCAACGCCGAGUCCUUCAAGAAGCGCGACUAUGGCAAGGGUAUCGUCGAGCUCGAGCGCUCCAUGAAGCCCCGUCAUCUGCACAUGAUCGCCAUCGGAGGCUCCAUCGGUGCCGGUUUCUUCGUGGGCUCGGGCGCCGCCUUGUCCACGGGUGGCCCGGCCUCUCUCCUGAUCGACUUUAUCAUCAUCGGUGUCAUGAUGUUCAACGUCGUGUAUGCUCUCGGUGAACUCGCUGUCAUGUACCCUGUCUCGGGUGGUUUCUACACCUAUGCCGUUCGCUUCAUCGACCCCGCCUGGGGUUUCGCCAUGGGCUGGAACUACGUCAUGCAAUGGGCCAUCGUCGUGCCGCUCGAGCUGACCGUCUGCGCCAUUUCCAUAUCCUAUUGGAAUGACGUCGUAAGCCCCGGCGUCUGGAUCACCGUCUUCUUCGUCUUCAUCAUCAUCGUGAACAUCUUCGGCACCCUGGGUUACGCCGAGGAGGAGUUCUGGUCUGCCUUCCUGAAGCUGAGCGCCACCGUCAUCUUCAUCAUCAUCGCUGUCAUCAUGGUCUGCGGUGGCGGCCCGGAACGGGGCCAGUACGACCACUACUGGGGCGCCAGGCUGUGGUUCGAGCCCGGUGCCUUCCGCAAUGGCUUCCGCGGCUUCUGUUCCGUCUUCGUCACCGCUGCCUUCGCCUUCAGCGGCACCGAGCUGGUUGGUCUCGCCGCUGCCGAGGCCAAGAACCCCGUCAAGUCGCUUCCCGGUGCCAUCAAGCAGGUCUUCUGGCGUAUCACACUAUUCUACGUCCUGGGUCUUCUCAUGGUCGGCCUCUUGAUCUCCAGUGAUGACCCGCAUCUCCUCAACGCCAGCUCCGACGACAGCGCCGCCUCCCCCUUCGUUCUGGUCGGACAGUACGCCGGCCUCGCUGGCUUCAACCACUUCAUGAACUUCAUCAUCCUGGUGUCGGUCAUCUCCAUCGGUGUCUCGGGUGUUUACGGUGGAAGCCGUACCCUGACCGCCCUGGCUCAGCAGGGUUACGCCCCCACCAUCUUCAGCUACGUCGAUCGCAGCGGUCGCCCCCUCGCCUCCGUCGCCUUCGUUCUGGCUUUUGGACUCCUGGCCUACGUCGACUUGGCCGCCGCCGGCGGUACUGUCUUCACCUGGCUCCAAGCUCUGUCGGGUCUCGCUGCUCUCUUCACCUGGGGGUCCAUCUGCCUGUCCCACAUCCGAUUCCGAAGUGCCUGGGCCUACCACGGCCACACCCUUGACGAGAUCCCAUUCAAGGCCAUUGGUGGUGUCUAUGGAUCGUGGCUCGGUCUCAUCCUCGUCGUUCUGGUGCUCAUUGCUCAAUUCUACGUCGCAGUUUGCCCGGUCACAGGGGGGUACAACACCGCCGGAGGCUUUUUCGAGAGCUAUCUUGCCUUCCCCGUUGUCAUAUUGUUCUAUGCCGUCGGUUACGCGUGGAAGCGUACCGGCUGGUUGAAGACCAGUCAGAUCGACGUGGACUCAGGCCGCCGAGAGACCGACUGGGACGAGAUUAAUGCGUACCGCCAGGAGCUUGCCGCGAAACCCGCGUGGAAGCGUAUCUUGGGAAUGAUAUUCUAA